AUGCUCUCAAAAACCACGGUCUACUCAACCACGUCUGCUACCACAACUCCAUCUCUCCAUUCCAAACCCAUGGCUAACAAAAAAACUCUUCUCCACAAGGAAUGUUUUAGUUUUUUAAGUUUGGUUAAUUCUGGUUCUUCAAAUUCCUUGAGUCGAAACAUUUUGGAAAAUCGAGAAUUCUUUAUUGAAUUUUUAUAUCGAAAAAAUCGAAGAGGAUUAUGGAAUUGUUUUGUGGAGUUGGAACAAAUUAAGGAACAAUUAAUGAAUGAAAAUUCAGAGGAGUUGUCGUCAUCUCAUAAUAAUCAAAUGGACGCAAAUGGAUCACUGGGCACGACCAUUCAAGACAAUGUGAAAAAACCUUUUUCAAAGAGUUGGACAUUUAGACAAAGUGAUGCAUCUCAACAAUUUUCAAGGAAUUCGUCUUCAUCGACUUUAAAAGAACAAUUGAAUGGAGAUGCCAUCGAUGGAAAUUGUCAAUUGUCAAAAAGCUUGGAUGAUUCCACAUCGAGUUGUAAAAUUUUGAUUUCGGUCACAAACGAUGAAACAACUACGCUGCGACCAUUGAAUGAAGAAGUCUCUUGCAGUUCAAUACUCUCUCAUGGCGUCACAAUUCUUCAAAUUUAUGACAAAAUAAUUCGAAAAUUUCUGGCAAGUGUUUGGGAUGUGAAAAAUUUAAAUAUUGACACUGUCAUGACCUCAUCCGUGAAUUCAUUAUUAGGAAUAUCGAGAGAUUUGCAACGUGAAACUUGUCAAAAAUUUGAAAAACAUGUCAAGGCCAUUUCACCUCAAUUGAAUGACUUGACAGGAAUGAAUUUAUGGAAUGAUUUAUUUUUCACCUUGACCAAUGACAGUACCACCUCAACAACCACGACGAGCACUUCUCUAUCGAACAACAGCAAAGAUCAUCCCUCUUCCAUUCAUGAAACUUCUCCCUCAAAAAUGAUGUCUUUGGGAUUUUUACGAAAGUUGACCAUGAAGCCACACAACAAGACCAAUUCCACCAUAAAUUCUUCUUCUGCUGCCUUGAUAGAUUCUCAACAACAUGAAAAUACAGAAUCUGCAGCAUUGAAAAAGAAAAAACUUCCUUCCUUAACAUUUGGAUUUAAGAAAUUAACAGAUCAAGAAGUGAACAAAAUUUUGGAAAAAUUUCAACUCGUGGAAGCUCAAGAACCACAACAACAACCACAGCAACAACAACAAACACAUAUUCAAUCCAUUCUUUUAUUUACGGCACAACAUUUUCAGGAAAUUUUUGGAGCGCUCCAUUCUGAACUAUUUCAACAAUUGAAGAGUCUUUUUGAACAAUAUUUGGCAGAUUCUGAAGAAUUUGAAGUUUUACUCAUGAGAAGAAUUAUUUUCACACACAAGAAUGAAUUUCCAGAAAUUUUUCAGAAAAAGAUUCAUUCUCCCAACACGAUGAAUGCUAAUCCUCCUUCGAUUAUCAUUCCUUCGAAUAAUGGUGUGACAACAACAAGUUUGACGGCAGAAUCAACAACGACAACAUCAUUAUUGACCUCAGCCAUUCAAAAUUCUGAGAAUGGGCUUGUAUCUAUCAAUGAUGAAGGAACUGCCUCUGAAAAAUCCGAUGUAUCUCCAAGUAGUCCUCUGGCACCUUCUUCAGUGACAAGUGACACUGGCUCUUCCUCAUUGACCAAAAAAACAAGUUUUAAUUUGCAACUUCCAUUACAUACCAUGUCCAGAACUGAGCCAAUAUCUCGAAGCGUGAGUCCUGUCGAUGACUAUUCGAGCAUGGAAUCACCUCGAUCCAAAUUAACCUCACUUCUCUCGUUUGAGGAAAAAAAGAAGAAAAAAAAGGAAAAAGUGGAAACUGAAAAAAAAGUUCAAACCAUUCAAGAUCAAAUGAACAAGUACAACAAGAUUAUUUCAACGCUGUAUAAGGAUCUCAUUCAACGAGAUUUGGAGCUUACUCAGCUUCAAAAAGAGGUGGAGUUGUUUGAACAUCCAUCUUUGAGUAGCGGUGAGAAUGAUGAAGAAGAAUGGAUCGAUCCAUUUGAGAAUUAUGAUGAAAUGACAACAUCUCAGUCGCAACAGGAUGAAACACACAACAAUCAUGUUUCGUCUGGAAUGUAA